AUGUCGGGUUCUGGCAAAGGAAAAGAGAGGGAAGUUGUGGACGAGUCAUUCGCUGUCUCACCAUCCCCAUCAGCGUCUUCCUCUUCAAAGCCAGUAGACACUCGUGUCACACCAACACCACAGGAUCAGUUGCCUUCGGAAACCACAGAGGGCCCAUCUCCAUACGCCCAACUCAUCAAUCCUCAUGUCUCAGUUGUAAAGGACGACACAGAUUCAGCCCUAGGCGAUGAUGAUGCCGCCAGCGACACCACAUCAAUCGCCUCUUCCAUCUACAAAGGUCGCUUCGAAAAUGGCCGCCGCUACCACAAGUACCGCGAAGGCGAAAACGACUACUGGGGCCCCAACGACGAAGUCCAAAAUGACCAACUCGACAUUGCCCACCACAUGUUCCUGAUCCUGCUCGGCCAGAAACUGCACUUGGCACCCAUCAAAGACCCCAAGCGUAUCCUCGAUCUAGGCUGCGGAACAGGAAUCUGGUGCAUGGACAUGGCAGAUGAACACCCCGGCGCCGAAAUCAUCGGCGUCGACCUCUCCCCCAUCCAACCAUCCUUCACCCCUCCAAACUGCAAAUUCGAAAUCGACGACGUCACCCUCCCCUGGACCUACUCCGCCCCUUUCGACUUCAUCAACAUCCGCGCUUUGUACGGCUCCAUCCACUCCUGGCCCUCCCUCUACGCCCAGAUAUUCCAGAACCUCACCCCAGGCGGCUAUCUCCACCAGCUCGAAAUGUCAAUCCAGUUUAAAUCCGACGACGGCACCCUAACCCCUACGCACGUGCUGUCGCAGUGGAGCGACAUUUUCCACGAGGCAAGCAAGCGCUUCGGCAAGAGCUUUUAUGAAGUCUGGAAUCUAUCCACCUACAUUCGUAACGCGGGCUUCCACCAUGUAAACGAGUCCGUCUAUAAGGUUCCUGUCAAUAGCUGGCCGGCCGACCCGCACAUGAAGGAGCUGGGCCGCUGGAACCUGCUGCAUAUUACCCAGGGCGCAGAGGGCUGGGGCCUGUUUUUGUUGACAAAAGUUAUGGGCUGGAGUGUGGAGGAGGCCCAGGUUUUCUUUGCCAAGUUUCGCAAUGGCGUCAAGGAAAGGAGGGUGCAUGCCUAUUUUGAGGUUGUCGUUAUACAUGCGAGGAAGCCAUGA